AUCAGCAGAGAUCCUCGCCGCUGAGCUUCAGCCUGGAGGUCUGAAGGGGUUCGUGUUGUCUGGACUGCACAUGCGCCCUUUGUUCCUUCAUGAAGUUGCGGGAAAAGUUUUUUGCUGGAGCGUCAAUUCUGAAGUGUUGUGGGGUGGGGUCACCUGCAGGUCUUUGACGCUGCGUUUACCCACAAUCCUAUAGGAUCACUGACAUUUGCAUAAUACAUUUCUGACAUUUCUCAGUGAUUUGUUGUCAUGCGCGCCGCUCCUGAGUCGGUGAGGGCGCUCUUGCUCUUCUGUUGGCGCGCCGCAGACGCACAAAACAAGGGAGUCCACAGGUCCGAGUCCGAGAGGUGUACGGGGGUGGGUGGUGGUGGGUCUCCGGGAGACUCUUAAGAAGAAGACAGGAGGUGCUGAACGGGACGCGAUACCCCCCCCCCCUUUGUGUGUGUGUGUGUGUGUGUGCGCGCAAGCCUGGGAGGCGCGCCGCGCUCCGUCAGUGCGCUCUGCCUGCCAGUCGGAGGAUGGGGAUUUUUUUCUCCCAUUUAUCCACGUCCCCUUUCCCCUCCUCCUCCCUUCAAACAAGCCAGUCGGUCUGUCAAUGCGCCGCGAGCGUUAAGGCGAGUCAGAACGGUGGGAUUUCGAGCAGGACAGACGGAUGAGACCGCGCACGGGAGCGCGUUCCUCCGACCACGCACCUCAAGCGACGCAUCCCGGACUCUCAGCGCGCAUCAUUACUUUCUUUUUUUCUAGAUUGUUUUCUAUUUUCAUCACUUCUUGACAUUUCAUGUGUGUGUGUUUUGUUUUUUCCUCCUCAAAUUCUCGGAUUUAUCCCCAGAUUGGAUUUUUCUUUUUUUUUUAAUCUUCUAAACUCUCGUGAAAGAUCUGCGGAUUUACAGCUGGAUUCUCGUGCGCACGGACUGAAGAGCAGCAUCUCUCCACGAAGGAUGGAGCUGUGGACACGAGUGGCAGCCGUCUCCUUCUAAACUUGCCGACACAACUGGAUCCUUCGAACCAAAAACGAACAUUUUUUAUUCCUUCUUGUGUUUUUUAUUUUAUUUUUCGGGAACCUGGAGAUGCGUGAAGGAAGACCUCCUACAAGGUAAUGGGAGAGAAAUCCCUCCGAGUCCAGCAGAACAACAAGGGAACACUGUUCGGGAGAAGACAAUCAGGGCGCACCGAGUGGAAUCAGAAGUAGCUUUUCUUUUCUUUUCUCUUCUUUUUGGGGGGAGAAUCUUGUGGAGUAUUCCAGGGAGGCUGGUGGAUGGGAAUGUCAUGGGAUUGAAAUAGCACCUUUUGGAGAUCCAGACGGUUGAAGUAGAAAAAGUGUCCUUUUCCCCCUCCGUCCACCUUGUGGAUCCAUGUGGUUGCGCGCAGCAGAAUCUCUGCGCACACUUUGACUCCUCUGCGGCCGAUCGGCUUUGUGUGGAAGCGUCCCCCCCCCCCCUCCGCGGCUGAAGCGCAGAGAAACACCAGCGAGCUCUCUCCCGGAUGGGGCUGCGCGUGCUGGGCGCCGCGGCGGCGAUGGCGUUUCGCGGGAGCGGGAAUGGAUUGUGGAUCGCGCUGGUUUUCCUACUGGAUUUACUGGGGUCGACGGCCAGCAACAUGGAGCCGAUCUACUGGAAUUCCCGGAACGAGAGGUUCAAGGACGACAAGGGCUACAUCCUGUAUCCUCAGAUCGGGGACCGGCUGGACCUCAUCUGCCCUCCUCUGGACACGGCCAGGUCCACGCCGGAGUACGAGUUCUACAAGCUGUACCUGGUGUCGUCACGGGAGCAGGCGGACCGCUGCGAAGUCAUGGGCUCCCCCAACAUCGUGCUCACCUGCGACGAGCCCACCCGCGAGCGCCGCUUCACCAUCAAGUUCCAGGAGUUUUCCCCCAACCUGUGGGGCCAUGAGUUCAAGAGCAUGCACGACUACUACAUCAUCGCCACGUCGGAUGGGACGCGUCAGAACCUAGAUAGCAUGAGAGGAGGCGUGUGCGCCACACAAGGCAUGAAGGUGGUCCUAAAAGUGGGACAGAGUGGUGCAGGAAACUCCACCCAAUCUCGAGGGCCGAUCGGAGGGGAUGGCGGAGGUGAGAAUGGCCCCCUCCAAGGCUCCAACAUCGCCGUCAUCGCUGGGACAGCGGGAGGCUCCGCCUUCCUCCUGCUGGUCACCGCAGUGAUCUGCUUCGUGUGCUACCGGCGCCGGCACGCGAAACACUCGGACACCCACCAUCCUCCGCUUACCCUGUCCUCCCUCACCAGCCCCAAACGGGGAGGCGGCGGGGGCAUCACCAGCUCCAACAACAACGGCUCCGAGCCCAGCGAUAUCAUCAUCCCGCUGCGGACCUCAGACUCAGCCUACUGCCCUCACUACGAGAAGGUGAGCGGGGACUACGGUCACCCGGUGUACAUCGUCCAGGAGAUGCCGCCUCAGAGUCCGGCCAACAUUUACUACAAAGUAUGAGAGAACUGUCACUCUGGAUGACUGGACACGCCCACCUCCCUCCUCCCAGCCAAUCCCAGCGUUUGCCAUCCCAGCUUCAGCCCCGAUCGCCUCAAUACUGAAAGUAUUGUCCCCCUCGUCCCACCCUUCUUGGCCCUCAAUCACAGUUGAGUUUCCAGCUGAACAAACCGCCGCCCCAUUUCCCCCGAAGAGGGCCAUCAAGUGUGUUCGGUGAUACACGACCCUUCUUGAGGCCCUCAGGAAGGGGCAAGAGGAGCUAAACACGCCCCGUCCGUGCAUUACUGAACCGUCACCGCCUGGGGCCAACUUGCAAGCGCAGCACACCCCCUUCUUUGGAAGGGUACGGACCUGGUGCCGAGUCAUGUGAGGUUUCCCAAAAAGAGAAAAAACCUCAGGAGACUCUGAUUGUUAGAGGCCACGCCCACGUGGUCCGUUGCCCCGCCUCCUCAGAGAACAAGCGGCAAGUCCACUAACUCAAACCGCAGGGCCUCGCUGCCUUUGGUUCGUCUGACUCGAUCGCCCGAGCGGCGCUCACAUGACCACGCCCAGGCCCGACGUGGUCGGAACAAUCGGUGACGCUCAGAAUCUUGUAUAUUUUAUUAAGCCGUGUGUGAGUGUGCGUGUGAGUGUGUGUGUGUGCGCAUACAGGUUGGAUAAUAAUUAUGGUACUGCUGCCGCACUUUUAGACGAGUGUGUUCAGCAGGUUGGUGUGUGUGUGUGUGUGUGUGUGUGUGUAUGUGUGUCCUUUAGACUUGUCUUAAAUACCAAAACACAAAUUAGUGAGUGAAUAUCAAGAAAAAAAAGGUUAGAUUUUUUAUGGCUAUCAACACUUAUAGAUGAUAUAUAUAUGAAUAUCCAGUAAAAAAUUUCUAGAUGUUUUUCUUUUCUUCUGUUUUUUUUUUUUCCAUGUUUGGCUUUUUUCCGUUCCAGUCCACCUCUACUGAUUUUUAUCUGUUUUUUCAAACUUGACCUGAUCUCCUGCCUUUUGCCUUGUACAAUAAUUUAAUCCUUUUUUCUUUUUUUUUAGCGAAGUUGAUGCCCCCCCCCCCCCCCCAUUCAGCCCCGCCCCUUUAGGGUCCACUGUAUAUUUUUCUAGCUCCUUGUACUAUGCUGUAGUUUUGAGGUCUAGACCUCGUUCGUGGAAGUGUUGAGGUAGAAACAUUUAUGAAAGUUUUUCUGUUUAUUUUUAAUUUCCUGUGGGGGAGGGGGGAGAGGACGGAUGCGGGGGUGGGGGAGGGGAAAUAAUUAAUAAAGGGGGGUAGGGGGGUGAUGAAGAACUUAAAAAAAAUAAAAGAAGACGAGGAAAGACUGUGAAGUAAUUGCACACUAAGGAGGAGGAGGAGGAGAGUGAAAGAUGAAGGAUGGAUAGAGACCGAAGAGACUUCCUCUUUGAUGGACCGACCGCCAAAGUGGACUUUGGGGGGAGGGAGGGGGGUUGGACUCUUGACGAGCAGAAAGAACGGACCUUCUCAAACACACACAUUCACCGGGACGCCGCCACGCUUUCCGUUCAGACGGUUCAUGAGCCUCGCCCCGUUUCCACCAAACACGCCGAUUCCCCAACAUUUUGAUGACUGUCGCAAACGCCUCUCAGCCGCGUCGGGCGGGCGGCGCAUCGUCACCCCCUCCCCUUUUCCCCCCUUUUCCAAUUUCCCACCUCUCACACAUACACACACACUUCUCACCUAUACUGAUCGCCGUCAUGUGACUCUGUGUUCCCGUGAUCGACCCGCCGGACACGGGAAGGAUGAAACGAGCGAUUGUGCGUUUUUCUUUCCUCCUUCACACACUCACACUCACACAGACACGCAAACACGCCAGUGCCCGGCGCCGCGAGCUCGCAGAGUUCAGAGGUGUUCAAAUGUGCAUACUAAUAAAGCUGUUUUGUGUUGCUCAAACAUGUUUAUGGCUUAUGUGUAAACUGGGUGGCGGUGGACCGCUUUUCCUUUCAGACUCGCACACAGACGCACACAGACACACACAAAGCCUCCAGUGUUGUUGCCAUGUAUCCUGUGUGAAGCCAGUGUUAAACCUGAAACCUUUCAACAAUUCUCAGCUGUGUUUUGUAUCAUAUAAUCUUUCAUACCUGCGUGUCACAUUCGUCUGAAAUGAAUUUGUUUGGCACUCGAUGAUGAUGAUGAUGAUGUUCCCAUAAUGCUUUUUCACUCCAUCGGAGGAGGAAGAGUUCGGAUUGUACUUGACUGUAUUAAAGUUGAUUUUCAGAAAAGUUGGGUGGGUCUUAAAACAACAACAAAAAAACAAAACAAAAAAAAAGCACCUCAAAUUCUUCUUUUUUGUACCAAUUUGUGUUUUUUUCUGUAUCCUGUUGAGUCUGUGUCAGUUUAAACAUGCUCAGAGUACUUUAAAAAAUUCCUCCAUGCCAAAUGAAGUGUCUGCUUUUCUCUGUUGAUCAUUUUCUUCAGUGUUUACGGCAGAAAAAAAAACCAACAACAAAUAACCGAUUUUCUGUUGUUUUGUUCCCUCAGUAAAAGAAAAGAACUUUCUUUUUCUUUAGAUUUUCAUGUCGGUGUGAUGUCUGGCUUUCUUUAUGAAAAAAGCAAACAUUGACGCAGCUGCUGAUGUUUUAAAGAGAAAUAGUUUAGAGGGGGGCUGUAAAGAGCAGCUUUAAAGACCCACUCCGAUAAAAAUGGCGCUUUUGGUGUUUUAAGGUGUUCUUGUUUUCUGCUGAUGGAGGACAUAGAUUGUAUUUUCUGCACUAUGGGAAGGGCAAAUUUUGAAAUAUAAGACACACUGAACUAUAGACCAAGUCCAUAACUGCGUUCACAGGAACUCUAGAACUUGUUUGUGACACGACAUACAGUAGCCAUGUUAAGUGUUAGCCGCAUUAGCAUGUUUACAACGCUAGUUACUGCUAACGGUGUUUGCAACACGUGAAAAAUCCCCUAAUGACAAACGUUACUGUGACUAUGCUAACUCCCAACCACAUAAAAAAAAAAGUGCAACAUCGCUACAAAUUAGCCAGGUUAGCAUAUUCACAAUAGGCUAUCUGUAAUGUCUUUGCAACACGUCAAAUAACAGUCUGAUACUGCUAAACCAAACUGAUCUGUGACUACGCUAAUUCUCAACCUUCUUAGUUACAAGGGAUAAAAAAAAAACUUUCAAAUGCUACAUGUUAGCCUUGUUAGAAGCAUUAGCUGCAUUAGCAUAUUCACAACACUAGUAAUAUCCUACUGUGUUGACAACACAUGAAAAGCAGACUUUUACCACAAAAAUAAACAUUUCUGUGACAGCACUAAUCCCAACCUUGUUAGUAACACAAAAAAAAUUCAGUCUGACAUACUCGUACUGACAUACUACAGGCAUCCCUGCCCUUCGACCCCAUAUGCUAGGCUAGCAUAUGGGGUCGAAGGGCAGGGAUGCCCAGUUUAGCUUAGCCAUUUCCUAUUGAAUUGCACGACUCUCAUUUUCUUUAUGAUUUCAUAUUGACUAUACAAUUAAUUAGCGGUUGGAAGUCCAUUGAGACGACUAUUGUUGUGAUAUUGGGCUAUAUAAAUAAAACCAAAUUAAAUAUUCACAACGACACCAAUCUCGUUUCAACACAUAGAAAACUGACUGAUUCCGCUAAAUUUAGUGUUACAGUUGCUACGCUAACUCCCAACCAUCUUUGUCACACAAAAAAAAACACAUUUCCACAUGCUACACGUUAGCCAUGCAGGAAUCGCGUUAGCGCAUCACAACACCUGUAUAAUCCAUCUGUGUUUACAACAUAUAAAAAACAAACUUAUACCGCUAAAAUAAACAGUUCCGUGACAAAACUAAUCCCAACCUUAUUAGUGACAACAACAAAAAAAAACACAGUCCAACACGCUUCAUGUUAGCCACGCUAGCAUAUUCACAAUGACACCACCCUCGUUUGCAGCACAAUGAAUCGAUAUACAAGGCGCUCUCCAGUUUAUGAGGCAGAUUGUUGUUGUUUAAAAAAGAAACUACAGCUUUUAGUGUGCCUUAUAGCUUCUUUUUUUAAAAGAUAUAUCUUUAUUAUAUUAUCUGUAAUUUCAGAAUUAACCGAAACUGUCCAAAAAUGUCAAUACUGAAUAGUAAAUUUGGUCUUUUUUUAACUACAAAAAUUGAGAUAAAGCUGAUUUUAUGCUUAAAACAAAGGAUCAGACAUGUAGAAAUAAAUAAAAAAUGCAUAAAUCCGCAAACAAAGCAAAGAAAAAAUGUGGAAAUUACAUAAAGAAAAGCAAAACAGGCGAACCUCUACUCAGGGUUCAAGGGAUUUAUAAUUUUUAAUUUUGUGUCAUAACUCUUGUUAUGCUCCUUUUUAAACCAAAAAUUCCAAAGCUAAAAACCUUUUGAAACCUUCCCGUUAAAUUUCCAUAACGAAAAGAUGUUCGUUACUUAUUUGUGAUGUAGAAAAAACACUCUGUGUAUCACCUGCUCCAAGCUGUCCUCAAAGGGAAAGGGGGCGGGGUUGCUCUGUGCCAUUGGCCCCACCCACAACUCAGAGGUCACUUUUCCAAUGAACUCGUGCAGACAGCAUGUCCUAGAAAAUGACAGGUUUUUGGAUUUUGGCUAAAAACGGCCGAAUCACAGUUAAAAAACCACUGAGAACACUGAAAAUAAAAGACGAUCAGAGUGGGACUUUAAAAAUAAAAAAGCUGCCCCCCCUCCCUCGCUGAAAGUGCGUGUUUGUAAAUGUGUGAGUGCUUCUCUGUGCCAGCAGAGAUUUGGGAUUUGGGACACCUUUGUGCGUGAGAGGCUAUUUUUGUGUCCUCUCUUCUUAUCUACCCAUCACGCCUCCCUCCAUAAUACCCCCCCCCAAACAUGCCUCUAAAGAGAGGGAAAAACAUUCCUGGUUUGGAAGAAAAAAAGAUUGAAUAAAAAAAAAGUUGAAGGCGGUCUUA